UGGAAGAGCCGGCCCUGGGGGCCAACAUCCCAGCCGGGGCUGGGAAGAGCGCAGGCAGAAGUGAAAGGUGAGUGCUCGGUGGCGUGGCAGCUUCCAAGCUGGGCCUGCGCUGGCCCGGAUGAGCUGCAUUGCAGCAGUGAGCGCUACCCCUCCUGCUGGCAUGGUCACCCCAGCUGUGAGGGCCAGAGAGUGGCACACCUGUGAGAUGCUGCCCGGAGCAGGAGUGCUUUCAAGGUGGCUACAGCGUGGCUAGACACAACCUGGGCUCUCCUCCCAGCUCUGCCCCAGGGCCAGCCCAUCGCUGCCCUGUUCUGUGCCCCUCUACAAGGUGGGGAGGCCAGUGGGUGACUACCCCUAUGCAUAGGGUACAGCGGAAAGCAUGGCACCUCGGAGGGGAGUCAUGCCUGGGAUGGAGCAGGGGGUGGAGAGAAAGGCACCGCAUUCGCCCAGUGUCCCCUCCCCGCAGGCAGUCGACGCGCGCGGGGGUCGGCAGCCGGAGCUGUGCGAGGGGUUAACACGAUUGUCUCUGCAGCCGCAGCGUGCCGAGCCCCCUGGGAGCACCGAGGACUGGGCUUUCAUUCUAAGUAACCCCAACGCAGCAUGUGAUGAAAUGCACGGGGCCGGCGUGACAGGCAGAGCGUGCGGGCCAGCGACGCCGGCCAGGACAGCUGCAGGUGCCUCCGCAAGGUUGGCGAGAUGCAGUGUAGCUGCGUAGCAGAGGGCAUGCCAGCAGUUCCCAGCUCCUACUGGAUCUCAGGGCUGGCGUUCCCCGACUGGGCCUACAAGGCAGAGUCCAGCCCUGGCUCCCGCCAGAUCCAGCUGUGGCAUUUCAUCCUGGAGCUGCUGCAGAAGGAGGAGUUCCGGCACGUCAUCGCCUGGCAGCAGGGCGAGUACGGCGAGUUCGUGAUCAAGGACCCCGACGAGGUGGCACGGCUGUGGGGCCGGAGGAAAUGCAAGCCCCAGAUGAACUAUGACAAGCUGAGCCGGGCGCUCAGGUAUUAUUACAACAAGCGGAUCCUGCACAAGACUAAGGGCAAGCGCUUCACCUACAAGUUCAACUUCAGCAAGCUCAUCUUUGUCAACUACCCGCUCUGGGACCUGCGCUGCCCUGCGCCCCCGCUGCUGCUGGGAGCCGCCGGCAUGUGCCGCCCCGCUGUGGUCUCCACUGGGCUGCAGAGCGAGUUCCUACAGAACGUGCUCGUCACUCGCCGGGCACUGGCCGACCAGCUGGCCUGCCACCGCAGCCUGCAGGAGCCACUGGGUGCAGAUGGCACAGGGGACAAGAAAGCUGUGGCCGGGGGAGCCCGCUUUGGCUCCGUCCCUUCGCCCUGCUUCUUUGGCUCCUACUGCAGCCCAGGGGUGCAGGAUGAGUUCCCCCACCUGGCUGCCUUCCCGCCCCCCAGGCUCGCCCCUAAUGGCAGCCGCCAGCUCUGCUCGCCCAGCCACUGCCCCGUGCCCAGCCCGCCCGAAUGGCCACGCUUCUCUGGCCAUGUCUUCCCCCACAGCCAGGUGGUGCUGCCCCUGCCAGAGCACACCCAGCCCCAUGGUCCCUUGGGGCUCCCCAAAUCAGAUGCCCUCUUGAUGGGGGUCAGCUUCCUGCCCCCUCGGCUGCAGGGGCGAGCCUUCCCUGGGCAUCCACUGGGCACCAUGCAGGGGGCUGCAGAGAGGCUGCAGUUCCUGCCGGACCUGUCCCCGCCUGAAGAGGAGGAGAGGGAGGAUGAGGAAGACCAGUGCCGAGCUCCUUCUGCAGAGCACAGCCAGGAGGUGAAGCCUGAGGUGGAGCUGGAGCUGGAGGGCACGGCUCUGGGCAAAGACACAACCUUCCUGGGUCCUGGAGGGGAGGGCGAUAGCCCGUGUUACCCCUCCGAGCUGAGAGCCCCUGCGGGAGCUGCCCCCCACCUCCCCUGCCUGUCUGGCUUCAAGGCCACCUGGCCCUUGGACCCCACCUAAAAUCAGUGCCCCGGUGCCGUGUCCCCCUGCCAUUUUGCCCCUUCCUCCUGCCUGGCGAUGCCCGAGCCUAGCCCCAUGCCGCGUCUGCCUGUGAAGCGUGCACAGCUUGUCUCGUCUCAUCUCGCCCUGUCUGUGUAAAGGAUGAACCGGGCUGUGAGAAUAAACCCAGUUUACAGACAACCGUC